GAAGUCACAUUCGUGGUUCUGGCUUCCCCUUGGCUGCUCCACGGAGAGGUGCUUCUUCAUGGGAGCCAUGCUGUCCAUUCUGAUCUGCUGAGUGUCUCAUUGACGUGCAUCUACCUGGCUCCGGCCCAAGACUGCGAUUUUGAUAAGCUCCUUGGUCUUUCCAUCUUGCUGGACUGGGGUUCACAGAUGGCCCCGCUUCUGGGGGCAGAGCUGGUCCAGACAUCACUGCAGCUGUACCGUUACUUGCUUCGUUGUUGCCGGCAGCUGCCAACCAAGGGCAUCCAGGAAUACUACAAGCAUGCUGUCAGGCAGAGUUUCCGGGUUCAUUCAGAUGAAGACAACCCUGAGAGAAUCCAGCAGAUUAUUAAAAGAGCCAUUGAAGAUGCCGACUGGAUCAUGAACAAGUAUAAGAAUCAAAACUGAGAACCUAGAGCUCAGUGCACGGCCAUCCUGGAGACGAGUGGAGCUGAGAAGCCUCUGCUAUUGGAACGAAGCAGCAGCAUCCGUUCUGGAAUAUUCUUUGACCUUGUUGGCCGAAAGCAAGAAACCAUAGCUGCCAUUUGGUCAGGUGGCUCUCAGUGCAGCCAUGUCUCCAGCAUCCUUCAUGUCUCCUCUUCCAGCCAGAAAUGAGAUGCAAUUUGGGGAGAA